GCAAAAUGUCGUCAAGCCUAUUACGAUGUCGUUUUUAAGAAAACCGGCAGUAUUGCCGUUAGCGACGCAGCCAAAACCCUAAUCAGUGCCAAACGAUGGAAUCACCGUCACCACCUUCCCCGUUCCGAGACCUUCUUCUCCGUUUAUCGACCGGAAUCGCGGAGUCUCUGGCCACCGUUCCCUACACUCCACACCAAUCCUCCAACGUCUCCGUCAAAGCCUUUCUCGAACCCCUCCUCGUUCCCACCGCCACCGUCAGAGACUUCGCUCUCGCGUGCGCUCUCAUUUCCUCUUCCACCGCCGUCGACUCCUCCGGCAUUCUCUCAUGGAUCCCCAGCAACCUCUCCUCUCUCGCAACCUCGUCCUUCUCCGACCUCUCCCGCGCUUACCUCGGAAAUCGCGACCUCGCUGUUCCGCCGGAGAAGAGGCUCGUGCUGGAAUUGAUGCCAGAGGUUUUGCCUUUUCUGAAAGAGAGGAUUAAGGAGAGCUCGAUUGAUGUGUCGGAUGAGACCGACGAGUUCUCCGCGGCGACGGCGAGAGUCCCCGUUGGGUUCGCCAUUCUCGCUGCUUUUCAGUUUAGAUGGUUUGUUACGCAAGUUGAUUAUCCUCAUUUGGGCAAGUUGUGUGGAUUGGUGAUUCCUUGUGCACUGACUGCUGUUGAUCAUUGGUCUCCGGUAGUUAAGGGACAGGGCAUGAUUAGCCUUAUGCAUGUUGGAAAAAAUGUGGAUGCUGCUCAGCUUGGUGGGUAUGUGGAUGUGAUUCUGGAUGCCUGCUGCCAGAACACGGCUUCUGAUGAUGAGAUAUGGCACCAUGUUGUUGAGGCAUCUGUAGUGCUUGUGACUCUUACUCAGAGAAGUAAUCCACGUAGUCCAUGGUUUGAAAGAAUGCUAAAUGAGAUGUUAAGUCACUUGGAGCGCCAGCCUAGAAACAAAGAGCGCCGCAUCGCAUGGCUUAAAUCUGCUGAUUCACUAUUUAAUGGAGUUGGUAUCAUGCUUUUAGCUCACUUCAGGCGCAUUUUCCCAUUAUUUUUUCAGUGGAUGCAUGCUGACGACAAUGAGACUAUUAUUUUGGUUCUAAAAUGUACAUAUGUAAUUUUGAGACUGACGUGGAUAAGGAACUCACCAUUUGUUGCAAAAUUGGUAGAUAAACUUGCUCUUGUGUAUAAGGAGGCUGCAUUAAGAACAGCUCGGGAAGAGAUUAGAGCAAAUAUAUGUCAGAUACUGAUCCUACUUCAAGAAAGCAAAGGACUGUAUUUUAAUGCAGCCUGGGACAAGCAUCGAUCCGAUCCAGACUUGACCACUCUUGAUUUUUCAUUAAGUGGAAGAAGUAAUACUAAUACUGUGCCUUCAGAGGAUUGUCCUCAGCAGGGUUUAGUACCCGUUCAAUGAUAAGUUAAUUGCAUUUCUGAUUAUUUCAAUGUACCACAAUUUUGAGUUGAUAUAGGUUAAUGUAAUUAAAAAGUAGAAUUGUUGGAACGAGAAUAACAAUAUGCAAAGUUUGAAUUUGUUUUGUAUUC